AUGUCACCCGGUGCUUGGCUUACCGGUUACGCCGCGUUUUCGCGCGAAUGUGCCGUGUCCAUUUACCCUGCUCUCUCCACCGGAAGUGUCGUGGGUCCCCCGGUAGUCCUCUGCCCUUGUCGCACCAGACCAAGCCGGAGAUUGUCAAGAUGA